AUGAAGAAGGAUGCCGUGAGCAUGUUUGGGCAACCUCCGUUGUUUCAGCUGCCGGUGUUGGGAACGGACAACCCGGACUUUGUCAUUGUGGCCGUGAUCUUCCUCUUCGGGAAUGGCCUCUUUACAGAGCACUGGCCACCCGCUGUUGACAUGCAGUUCCUCAGCUUGUUAGGGUUUGGCUUAAGCGUCUAUGCCCUCAGCCCGCACUCGGCUGACGUUGUACGAACAUGGCUUCGGGAAGUCUCUGUUUCGAACGGGCUUACUCUGGACGAGGACGAGAUGAACAUCUUGGCAGAGUUGUGCCUCCGAGAGACACCGUGGUUGGGACGCCUUGUCGUGAAGCAGAAGACCCGCAGGGGCAAGCUGUCCGAGAUAUGCAAGAAGCUAGGACUCCUGAGCAAUGCUGGAGGAGGUUUCAUUGCUGGUCGGAACAAUGUUCUCGAAUAUCACAGCCACCUGAGUGGAACAGUAUAUGAUUGCAGCACUGCUGAUCUAUGGAUCUUCAACUUUUCUUUCCCCGUCACUUGGCAUAAGAAGACCUCUUACUACGGGUUUGUGCUGCGGGAAGUGGAAGGGCAGCGGGUAUUCAUCGACUGCAGCACCAAGCGGCCUUCUCAGCGGCAAAAGGACUUGCGUCUCUCGGAUACCAACCGGCAAACUCGGGUAGUGUUGACGCCUGCGCCACUCCAGAGCCAAGGUCUCGAUCUCGCCAGCCACAUCUUGCUGCGUAACGUCGCAGAAGAAACACUGGUACGACUAGAUCAGCUGAGUACGCACGGGGUGGCCAAUGCUGGCCCGCGUGGGCUCACACUGGAGUGGUGUGCUGCGGUUUCUGGCUCUCUUUGUUGUACGCCCACCGCUCUGCACGAGUCUCUGAUGUAUGACUUUUGCAUAUUACAGCAAGACAAGCUUCAACGGACAAUAGCCCAACGCCUGCAAUCAAGCGUGCCAGUCUGCGCUGAGCAUGACCCUGCAUCGCGCAGCAAAGAGAUCGGGCAGUUUGUAGCCAUGUUUGUGGACUACCUGAAAGCCAGCCUGGUGACAACCAAGAGAUGUGACUUUGCCUUGGGCGACAUCAAGGUCAACAAAGGACAUCCCCACGACAUGGCAGUUCAGCGCACGGAGAGCACCUUCAAUGUGGGCGCAUCCAGUGUCGGGCUACGCAUGGACACGACGCCCGUUCUUCUUCACGAAGUUCUCCUCAACUUGCACGAAGUCCGCGAGGCGAUGGUGCGAUAA